ACGUGGGGCGGGACGGGUCACGUGAGGGGGAGGCGGGGCGGGGCCCUGCACGUGAUGGGGGCGGGCCGCGCGCGCCGCGUCAACCCCGGCCGGACAGCUGACCGCGCGCGCUAGCGCCGGGCUCGCGCCGUCCGCGCCAUGUCGGCUCCCUGCCGCCCGCUCGCAGAGACACAGAGGCUGCUGACCCCUGUGAAUAGCUAUGGGUCUCAGGACGGGGGGGCCGGGCCAGGCGUGGGCUCCGCCUCCCUUCUGCCUGAGGAGGAAGACUUGCGCAGGCGCCUCAAGUACUUCUUCAUGAGCCCGUGUGACAAGUUCCGCGCCAAGGGCCGCAAACCCUUCAAGCUGGUGCUGCAGAUCAUCAAGAUCAUCAUUGUCACCAUCCAGCUCAUCCUCUUUGGGCUCAGCAAUCAGAUGGUGGUGACGUUCAAGGAGGAGAACACCAUUGCUUUCAAACACCUGUUCCUGAAGGACUAUGUGGACGGGUCGGAGGACACAUAUGCUGUCUAUACGCAGAGAGACCUCUACGAUCACAUGUUCUAUGCCGUGGAGAAGUACUUGGCCAUUCCUAACGAGACAAUCGGGCGCUACGCCUACGUGCGUGGGGAGUGCAGCAGGAACCAGUCAGCCCUCAUGCUGUGCCAGCAGUACUAUCGCAAAGGGCAGAUCGACCCUGCCAAUGACACUUUCAACAUCGACCCCAAGAUCAUCACAGACUGCCUAGGUGUGGACCCCAUGGAGAGGAUGCCCUGGCCCCUGCAGCCUGUGGAGACACUCUCCCUGCAGCCCCACCCCAGCUACCGGAACUUCACGCUCAAGUUUCACAAGCUCAUUAACGUCACCAUCCAGUUUAAACUGAAGGCCAUCAACAUCCAGACGAUCAUUAACAAUGAGAUCCCGGACUGCUACACCUUCACCAUCACUAUCACGUUUGACAACAAGGCUCACAGUGGCCGGGUGAAGAUCAGCCUGGACAACAAAGCUGACAUCAAAGAGUGCAAGGACCCCAGCGUGUAUGGCCGAGGAGACAACACCUUCCGCAUGUUCUUUGACGUGGCUGUGAUCCUUGUUUGUGUGCUGUCCUUCAUCCUGUGUGCCCGCUCCAUCAUCCGGGGCUUGAUGCUGCAGCAUGAGCUGGGCCAUUUCUUUCAGAGACGCUACAACCAGGAUGUCUCCCUGUCAGACCGCAUGGAGUUUGUGAAUGGCUGGUACAUCCUGCUGGUGGUGAGUGAUGUCCUGACAGUGUCUGGGACCAUCAUGAAGAUCGGAAUUGAGUCAAAGAACUUGGCCAGCUACGACGUGUGCAGCAUCCUUCUGGGCACCUCCACACUCCUGGUCUGGGUCGGGGUCAUCCGCUACCUCAGCUUCUUCCAGAAAUACAAUAUUCUCAUAGUGACCAUGAGGGUCGCCCUCCCCAACAUGAUCCGCUUCUGCUGCUGUGUGGCUGUCAUCUACUUGGGCUACUGCUUCUGCGGGUGGAUCGUACUGGGCCCGUACCAUGUCAAGUUCCGCUCCCUCUCCAUGGUGUCCGAAUGCCUCUUCUCCCUCAUCAAUGGGGAUGAUAUGUUCGUGACCUUCGCUGAGAUGCAACAGAACAGCUACCUGGUGUGGCUCUUCAGCCAGCUCUACCUCUACACCUUCAUCAGUCUCUUCAUCUACAUGGUGCUCAGCCUCUUCAUUGCACUCAUCACCGGCUCCUACGAGACCAUCAAGCACCAGUGUGAGGGUGAUGUGCCCAUCACACAGCUCCACAUGUAUAUUGCCGAGUGCAAAGACAGCCCAAGGUCUGGCAAGUUCCGCUUAGAGAGCAGCUCCUCCUGCUCGGUCUUCUGCUGCUGCGAGCGGGCUCCACUGCAGGACAACACGCUGGUGGUGAAUUGACAAUGCAGCUGCGGGAGAGCCUGAUCUGCGUACCUGUCACCCUGCUGUACUGCUGGGGAACUGAGCCUGUACAUGGAACUGCAUGGAGGGCAUUGGUCAUGGGGACAAUCCCAGCCCUGCGACCGCACCCAAUGGCAGCUGCCUUCCUGGCUGGACUCCAAGGACCGGUAGCAGGAGUGGGGCUGUGUGGCCCCCAAGCAGAGACGUGGGUGAGCUCUGUCCACCAAGAUGAACCCUGGAUCUGCUGAGUCAGCCCUUAGCCUAUAACACCGGCUCGGCUCGGUACGUGCUGGCCACAUGGGCUGGAACCUUGGGCCACAGCUUUUAUGUAGCACCUUUAUUUACCUUCUGGCUUUUACCAGGCUGUGUGAUCCGGGGGGGGCAAAGUGGGGAGGAAAAGGGCUGAGGGACCCCCUUUGUCUCUGCCACGGCAGUGCUACCCCUCAGCAGCACCCUCCCCUUUUCCUCCCAGCCUGGGGCCCAGCAGAGACUGCUGAGUUUAUGUAGCGGAAGGAGUUCCCCGGAUGGAGCCCUUCCUCCCUUAGGCAGGGAAAGCCCAGCGUUGCAGGGGGCUAGGAGAGUUUGGGAAAGAUGCUGCUUUCCAGACCAUGUUUCUGCUGUUAACACCCCCCUCUCCCAGUUGGGAACUGGUGCCAUCCCCAGAGCCUGUGUCCUGGGUACUCUGUCAUUCUGCAUCUUGCUUUUUCCAGUCUCUUCUCUGACUGCUGCAGAGAUGCCCCACUGAGGGCAUCACUGAGUUGCUCUGUGCUGGGUGCUGUCUGCUGGACUCUUGAUAGGUUGGCUUUAGUUUUGAAGGUGUUUUUUAAAAUGUUUUCAAGCUGCCUCCCCCUCCCGCAACACGCAGUGCCAGGGAGGGGAGGGAACGGCGGGGCCCUUCCUGCUGCCUCAAGAUGUUUAAAAAAGCCUUUGGAGCCUUUAUUUUUUUUGUCUGCAUGUGUUACCUUUAGAAACAGUCUGCUCUCCCCUGUUCCUACUAGAGGUCUCCUUGGAGGAGCAGAGAGUUGGGCGGGGUAUGGCUUCUGCCUGCUGCUGAGGGAGGGCAUGCUGGGGCCUUGCACAGACCUCUUCCACCUUGAGCGUCUGGCAAAGCCUUGGAUUCUGCACCAAUCCCUUCCUAUUCAGAGGGCUGGGGCUCUUGCUCUCUGAUGUCACAAUUCUGCUAGACCCCAAGCCCUUCAGAGUCCUCCAGCGUAGAGGAGAGGGGAGCCCUGGUUUCUGAUGGAAAAACCUGUGGGAAAGGACAGGUUCUUUCCAUGCCAGCAGCGGCAUAGCCCCAGGGCCCUUUGCCAGUCACCUUGCCGUUUUAAUACUUUUAAAAUCAUGUGUUUUUAGGAAUCGCUGCAGUGAAGACGCCAGCCUGUCCUGUGCGUAGUUUGCAGCCGGGCACUAGUGUGUGCGCUGAGAGUGGCUGCUGGCUAGCCUCUGUGGACCAAGGCCAGUCAGAUCCUUCCCCCUAGGCCUAACUCUAACUCCAGGGAAUAACUCUGAAUCCUCCAGGUCCAGGGCCUGCUGGUUGUUCUAAAUCCCUCUCACAUUGCCAGGGUCUCUAGCAUCCCCAUGAGCAAGCGAUGGCAGCAGAACCUGCCUCCCCUGCACACAGCCUCUCCACUCUGUUUGGCUUGUGCUGUUAGUGGUGAGCACCUGGGCCAGGCAGUGUAACUGCCCCUCCCCAGAGGGCUGGCGAACAAACAAAGGAAAGUGGACCAGGAGACCUCCCCUUCCCCACCCAUUCUCUGGAGUGGACUCCUAACAGCUGCAGGUACAAAAACAGGCAGAUGGAAAGGCGCGAUCUGAAGGGGUGUUGUGUGAUGCGCACAUAGUUACGUGCUACAGUGAAAAGUGGGCCGUGUCUACACUGGGUGUAUCUACACAUCAGUGAAAGGCUGUGAUGGAGCCUCUCCCUGCAGCCGGAGACUUUUCCUGUAGUGGAGGAAGGGCACCAGCAGCAGGACACUACCCUGCUAAAAAUAGCAGUGUAGACAGGGAGGCACAGCUUGGGCAAGUAAAGCUGUGUGGGGUAUGUACUCUGUACAAGUGUCUUUACCCACCCAAGCCACACCUCAUGGUCAACACUGUUUAUAGCCAUGUGAAGGGGGCUACAUGCUGCUGAGAGAUGGGGGCAAUGUAGACAUGCCUUUAAUGGUUUUAAGCAGCCUCUGUUCCUUUAAGGCCAUGUAGCUAAAAGCACAGUGGGGGAAGAUUGUGUCUCUGGUACCCAGCGGGAGCCCCCAUAAUCUAUAACUGGGCACAGGGACCAGAUCUCCUUAGGCUCCCCAUCUCCCUUGCAGCAUUGUUCAGCUUGAGCCCCAGGCACUGGCUGCCUGUUAUCGGUGAAGAAAGCCUUGUGCACUAGGCACUCACUGACCCACUGUGUGGAGAAUGAGCUGUGGGCUGCCCUCCACUCCCAACACCAAAUGGAGCUUGUCCUAUGCAGACUGGGAAGGCCCCCAGGGCUGGGCGUGCUGGAGCCCAGCUGGAGUCCCUGUGAAACGGAGGGUAUGGACAAAUUGGCAGCAGCUGGGGACAGACUUGGCAGCAUCCUGCCUCCACCUCCUGUGAAAUCACAAGUCUGUCCACUCUGAAUUCACUUACAGCCUGGAACUCUGCAGGAAAGGGUCUCCAGCAGGGUCAGGGCUGCGGGCUGGCAGCAGCACGAGGAGCGUUUAAAUCUUCCUCUGGCAGAGCCCCCAGCUCAGGAAGCUGGCACCUCUUUGGGCUUUGGAGAGUGUUCACUUUGCGGUGUUGGGGUCAGCGUAACCAGCUUUGGCGCUUGCCUGCAGCCCCUCUCCCUGGUCAGGGCUGUCAGUGCUGGUGAUGUCAGUAGUACCUGCUCAUCCGUUGAGGGAGAUCCAGGUUCGGGCAGGUCCUUGGGCUGCUGAAUGCCACUGAUAUGAAUCCCCACGAAGAUGAGCGUGGCUGGGAGCCAGCCCUGGUGAUGCUAGUUCAGACUGCGGCUCUCAACGAAUUGCGCUUCAAUCAGAUUGUUGCCCAAACCCUGGUCAACUCACACUGCAGCAGGCAGCUGGGUUCCUAGAGGCCCCCCUGCCUGAUGGCUUCUCCCAGCAGUGCCAUUGGUGCAGCAUCUCAAGUGAGUUCCUCCCCCCUUGCUUAGGGUGUGGUGCUCUUCCUAUUGACUGGCAGGAGGCUGAGUGGCUUGUACAUGUUUUGUUUGGCUUGGAGCAUUGCCACCUGUGCUCAACUCCUGUGUCCCACGACCGCAGCGGGUCUGUGAAAACCCCGCACUCUGGACCAUGGGCGCUAGAUCCAGGCUGCACGGUAAGAGGGUUCUCAAGUCUGGGGCUCCUUUCCCAUGUGCAUGCUCUGACCAUUGCUGCUCUGUUGAGAGCAGAGUUAAGCUGACAGGAGCACUUUUGAACAGCUCCGCUGGCCCUUCCACUGUAGUGUCUAUUUCCCCCCUGCUGAAGGGCCUGGUGCACAGCUGGCCUAGGCCCUAGUGACUGCUCCCGUGAUCCGUCUCCUCUGUGGCUGGCAGAGGCCUGUACUGCUGGAACUGGCUGAAGGGGCUCUUUAUGUCGCUCUGGGUGCGUUGUCUCGUGGGCUGUUGGACAGGACGGGCCAAGGGCAUGUUUCAUAACACAAGCAGCUGUUCCCCUCUGGAAGCUGGCACGGCGACAGCUCAGCAUUAUUAGUGUCCCCUCUCCCUCUUGGAAAGCGCCACUGACAACUGGCCUCCUGCAGCUUGUGCCAUCCCUCUGCUGUCUGUCUGCAUGGGCCACUGCUGUCAAGGGAGGAAGGGAGCCCUGUCUCUUCUAACAAGCCCCUUGCAUUCAGCCCUCUCGGUAGCUCCACGUUGCUGUCUGUCCCUCUCAGUGCAAUGGGCUCAUGUGCCAAACCCCUUCACCCCGCUCUGUGUGGCUAGCACGUGGCCCUGCUCAUAGUGCCAGCAGCUGAGCCUGGGUCUGUGUUCCAGACUGUACAGGAUGCAUCUGUAAUAGCCCUGCUCUGGUGCCAGGACUGCUGUGCUGGGGACCAACUGUUGCCACACGUAUCUGCCCUACACUCCCCAGGCCCAGGGGCUGUCACUCUGUCUGCAUUGCUGCUGGGGUGAGGAGCUUAUUACAAGCAUCUUGGCACUGAUGAGUUGGUGCUGGGGAAAAGGAGGCAUCUUUCAGUGAUCCAGCUACGGAAAAUGAUCCUGGCUGCUGCCUGCCUCUGUCUGCUCAUGCAGCCCUUUCCUCUAGGGGUUGGCAGUGCUGCUGAAUUGUGACUUUCGCGGAAGCCUUGCAAUAUUGGGUGUGACAUUCCCCCCCCCCCCCCCCCCCCCCCCCCCUUUAAACUCCCUGCAUCGUGUGCUGUUGGGACUCUCAGCUUUUGUUUUAAAGAAAGUUUCUAGCCUUCCUGGUUGUGGAGAAAAAGCCUAAAGGCUCAGAGACGAGCAUGUUUGUGGGAAAAACCCUAAGUCAGAGCCCUCUUGAUGUGGGGGGACAGACUGAUGAUUUUUGAAGGUGGGUGUGUGUGGUGAGGGAGGAGGCCACGCUGGGCUGGGAAUGGACCUUUUCAUUAGUACAUCACUACAAACUCUAUGAAGCUCCAUCAUGCACCUGUGGCUUGGAGUGUCACCUACCACUGACCUUUCACCUGCUUUCCUGGUGAUGUGGGACCAGAAUGCUGUCUGUGUCACGGGCACGCACGGUCUCUGAGCAGGCACGCUGGGGGCUGUAGAGCUGCCAGCAGACUAUGCCCUAGAGCCAGAGAGGGCUAUUUGGCUGCUAUUGUAAUGCUACUACUUCACCAACUGCGCCCAGUGGCUGAAGCCUUCAGCUGUGCCAAGGUUGCACUUGCCCGUGGACCUCUCUCACUUUUGUUUGUUUGGAUUGGGCUGUGAAAGCUAAAGCAGCCCUUGCACUUCUGUUCGUGGCAGUGGGCAGCACUAAGGCUGUGGGGUUGGUGUAAAUAGUGUGGUGGGAUUGUCACUGGCAAUUGAUAAAUAAAGGCAAUCUUGGAGAAGUGGCUGUGUUCUCUGGUGGGUGUGUGCAGCUGCCUUGCUUCUUAAGGGCAAACUGCACCAACUUUGGUGUGUCUGUUUUUUAACCUAUAGCACUUUUCCCUUUUCUUCCUCUUCCCCUCCCCUUACAUAAUGUAAAAACGUGGGUGCAGCUAGGUAAGUUCUGUGGUGCCCUGAAGCGCUGUGCAGAGGCCAAUGGCAGUAACAAAGGAUCUGCUGUCCAGGAGAUGUUUACAGGCAGCCUGCAUCACUGUCUAACUACAGUAAGCUGCCCUGUGCAACCCAGCACAUGGUCACCUAUGACCUGCACCCAGUGCAGGCUGUGUCUGAGGCAUGAAAAAAGCAUCUGUCACCAAAGCGACUUUUGUUUGUGUCCUUCAAACAAUAAGAGCCUAUUUUAAAAAUAUCAACUUCUGGAUCCCACAAAGCUUGUCUGAUAAGGUCCCCUGUCCCUGAGCAUGUCAGCUUAGGCGUGUGGAAGCUUGGGGGUUUGUUGAGGGUGCUGGCUCUGGGGGCAGGUCAUGACCCCUUUAUAGAGGAAGCCAUGCGGCCAAAGCAGCUCAGGACAAGACACCUCCUUGGCAACAAAGUAACAUCCACAGCCUGAGGGCCUCUCACUUUCAGGGUAGUAACUAAAGAAGAGUUGCGGGUCAGUGGAUAAUCAGCUGAAUAUGAGCUCCGUGUGUGCUACUCUGGCCAAAAGGACUACUGUAAUCCUGAGAUGCAUAAAUAGGGGCCUUUUAAGUAGGAGUAGACAGGAUAUUUUAUGUCUGGAUUUGGCACUGGAAUUGGGUGUCCAGUUGUGGUGUCUACAGUUUAAGAAGGAUGCUGAUAAAUUGGAGAAGGGAGGAGAAGAACCAUGAGAAUGAUUAAAGGAUUCGAGAACAUGCUACUGAUAGACUCAAGGAGCUCAAUCUUAACAGAUGAAUAAGGGGUGAUUUGAUUCCAGUCUAAAGUACCUACAUAGGGAACAACUAUUUAAUAAGGAGCUCUUAAGCCUAGCAAACAAAGGUAUACCAUGCUAAAAUGGCUGGAAAUUGAAGUUAAAUUCAGGCAGCAUAUAAAGUAAUUUUUUUUUUACAGUGACAGUAAUUAAUCAUUGGAACAACUUACCAAGGGUUGUGGCGGAGUCUCCAUCACUGGCAGUUGUUAAAUCAAGGUUGGAUGUUUUUCUUAGAGUUGCUGUAGGAAUUUUUUUGGACAUGUUCUUGGCUACUGCUCAGGACCUGCUACUGCCUGGUCCAGGGGUUGCAAAUUAGGAGGGGUGGGGUUUUGGGUUGAAAACACUCAUGAUUUGCUUAUUCCUUGCUUGGGGGUACAGAGCACAGACAUGAGCCCAGCGUGAUACCAGAGUGGCCCAUUUGAUUUUUUCAUUGGCUUCUUCCUUGCUUAUUUGCAAUGACUUGGCUGCCCAUGCACCUGUCACCGGUCCAGGGAUGGUUGCGAAUUAGGAGGGAUGUGGCUUUGGGCUGAAAACACUCACUAUUUGCUUCUUCCUUGCUAAUGUGCAAUUGAGUUAUUUGAUGAUUGAGGGGUGCUGUUUCAUUUUGUGGGCGAGUAUGUGAAAAGAGAGGAGAGACUUGGGGGUACAGAGCACAGACAUGUGCCCAAGGUGAUACCCAAGUGGCGAAUUAGGAGGGAUGGGGCUUUCUGAAAAAUCAAUAUAGCGCUAUGAAGUGCUGAUUGUUAUGACCACCACUCAAAAUGUACAUUUUUAUUUAUUAAUGUCAAUAUUUUAAUCCAGUCACUGGUCUGAACAUUUUUUUCUUUUUUGUGAGUCAUAUUUUCUCAAAUUUUUACUUUACUGUAACUGUAUAUAAAAAUACCUAUUUCAUUUAACUGGUCUAUCAAUAGCAAUUAUUCACCCCAUUCUAAUUUUUUGGUGCUUAAAAGAUAUUUUUGAUGCAUAGUCACCAUUACAGAACCAAACCUGUGAGAUGUCCCACUUUAGGGGUAUUAAGAUAAGUCUGCUACGUAACAUAAUUCCACUCUUCCUGUUAUCUUCACAUGCACCUAAUGAGCCCAUAGUACAUGGGAGAAAGUUAUUACCUGACUCCUGCAUUAGAAUAAUUGCUGUUUGUCUUCUAAACGUAGUAUUAGCCUCUUGUGUUGUUUCUACCAUACCGAUGUCUUUCUGCUGCAAAUACAUUCCUGCAAACUAACAACGCUUCUAUUUAGGAAAAAAACAUCAUAAUCACCAGAGGUGAAAGUGGGCUGGUCCAGCAUACCGGUGAGAACUGGCCACCGGUACCAGCCUGUACACGGCUGAUGUUACAGUGCUGCUGUGGUAGUGCUUUAUGCUUUAAUGUCACUGCCCCCUCUACCUCCCCCUGCAUCAGUGGCCCUGCCAUAGGGUCUGGCAGCACUUUUGGAUGCUAUCAGCAGGGCCGCCGACAGUGGGGGAGCAAAAGGGGCUGCCCUGGGUUCCGGCGACUUACAAGGGCCUGGUGCUCCUAGCCGCCGCCGCAGCAGCAGCAGCUGUCAGGAAGGGCUGGUGGGGGGAAUCUGGCCCCCACACCUUCUGCCAGAGACCCCACCCCUUCUGGGGGCCACGAGCCCACCCCACACACCUUGGCAAGGACACCGGUGCAGUGCAGUGUAAUCUCCGGCAUUUACUUUCAACCCAGAUAAUUACACAUAAAUAACAAAUGAUAAUGGCAAUUUGGUAUUCAAUACCUUUAAUCUGAGUGGUCCGCAGUUGUGGCCAUCACUUUGUCUGGUAUGCUGAACAAUUUUACUCUUCCAAUCAGAUGAGGAUUUGCUAGUUAAUAGUUUUGAUGAAGUAUCUGAAAUUUUUAGAGUACAUUAGCGGAUUGCAUAAACGAGCUUUUCUUCCCCCACCCCCGGUUUCUGGACAUAGAUACAAAUCCACUCUAAUUAAUUAAUUAUUGCAGUGACUUGCUGCUCGUAUGUGUGUAUGUAUAUGUGUGUAUGUAUAUUAAAGCUUUUAUAUUAUUGUCUCACUCUUACACAGUGUAUCACCUGAUUUGCUUUGCUGGCUAGAUUGUCGGGCUCAACAGGUAGUGAUCAAUGGCUCCAUGUCUAGUUGGCAGCCGGUAUGAAGUGGAGUGCCCCAAGGGUCGGUCCUGUGGCCGGUUUUGUUCAAUAUCUUCAUUAAUGAUCUGGAGGAUGGCGUGGAUUGCACCCUCAGCAGAUGACACUAAAUUGGGAGGAGAGGUAGAUACGCUGGAGGGUAGGGAUAGGAUACAGAGGGGCCUAGACAAAUUAGAGGAUUGGGCCAAAAGAAAUUUGAUGAGGUUCAACAAGGACAAGUGCAGAGUCCUGCACUUAGGAGGGAAGAAUCCCAUGCACUGCAAGAGACAAGGGACCGAAUGGCUCGGCAGCAGUUCUUCAGAAAAGUACCUAGGGGUUACAGUGGACAAGAAGCUGGAUACGAGUCAACAGUGUGCUGCUGUUGCCAAGAAGGCCAAUGGCAUUUUGGGAUGUAUAAGUAGGGCUCUUGCCAGCAGAUCGAGGGACGUGAUCGUUCCCCUCUAUUCGACAUUGGUGAGGCCUCAGCUGGAGUACUGUGUCCAGAUUUGUGCCCCACGCUACAAGAAGAAUGUGAAAAAAUUGGAAAGCGUCCAGCAGAGGGCAACAAAAAUGGUUGGGGGACUGGAACACAUGAGUUAUGAGGAGAGGCUGAGGGAACCGGGAUUGUUUAGUCUGCAGACGAGAAGAAUGAGGGGAUUUGAUAGCUGCUUUCAACUACCUGAAAGGGGGUUCCAAAGAGGAUGGAUCUAGACUGCUCUCAGUGGUAGCAGAUGACAGAACAAGGAAUAAUGGUCUCAGGUUGCAGAGGGGAAGGUUUAAGGUUGGAUAUUAGGAAAAACUUUUUCACUAGGAGGGUGGUGAAGCACUGGAAUGCGUUACCUAGGGAGGUGGUGGAAUCUCCUUCCUUAGAAGUUUUUAAGGUCAGGCUUGACAAAGCCCUGGCUGGGAUGAUUUAGUUGGGUAUUGGUCCUGCUUUGAGCAUGGUGUUGGAUUAGAUGGCCUCCCGAGGUCCCUUCCAACCCUGAUAUUCUAUUUUAUGAUUCUAUGAACACCGUCCCCAACAUCAAAGGUUAUUUCCCCAUAUUUAGAAGUCUUUCUUUUAGCAUAAUGUCUUUGUUGUUCUUGUGCUUUAGAAAUGCUACUUAGAGCCAGUGCACUGUCAGCAUCAUGUCUCAAUUUCAUAUUUAUGCUGUACUCUUUGCAGAAAUCUUCCCCAAAUGUAUUCAUAUCUGGGAUCUUUGUAAACAAAUGGAGAAGGGGUUGUAUUUGUAAAAUGAAGACACACUGAAUGCCAUGUGUACGUGAAAGGUGCCGGUAAUAACAUGCUUAUUAUGUAUGUAUUAUGUGUAAUUCUCUGAGACUUCUUCUGGAAACACUGGGUCAUCACAAAACAUUAGUCGAAAGGGUGACAUUUUUGUUGUGGCAUGUACUUCAGUUCACAAAGAAAAUACAGUGGGCUCAAGUAAUUCAUCCCAAUUACUCCCAUUGUCAUCAAUUAUCUUCCGCAAUGCUCUGUAACGAAUGCUCAUUGAUUUGUUUGUUUUAAAAAAAAAAAAAAAGUGCGGUCUUCACUGAAACAGAUUUUCAUUAAGUAUUAUACCUUUUUGGAUUAUGUAUAAAGACCUCCAGCGUAACACAUGCUUUUGAAGAUUUUUUUUUUUUUUUUAGUGAAUUGCAUCUUCUGGCAUAGCACACUCUACGUGCCGUUAGUACUCUAAUAUUCCCACUAAUUCACUUACCUUUUGAUGGAUUUAUUAGCAUUUCCAGCCAAGCCAUUGGUUUGUGGGUGGUACGGGCUGGUGAAGCUACGUUUUAUUCCCAAUCUUUCACCAAUAUAUAGGAUUUGCUACUACUUUUAUGUGUAAUUAGCAACAGGAAUAGCCCCUCUUUUAGUAUUUGUAUUCAAAACAAGUAGUUGUGGGUUUCUUUGGUAGAUAUGAAGACACC